AAAGGCUACAAAGUCAACUUACAGCACGCGUUGGGCACAAGGAUACCAAAUGGUGUGCUCAAUUUCUUCUUCAAAUUCGCUUUUGGCAGGAAGGUAAGAAUUUCCAAAAUCAUUCUUAAUUUUACUACCAAACACAUAGCUUUGGUGUGGACUUGCAUGUCUCGUGUUCCGUCUCAAACAAAAGUAUUGGACCGGCUCUUCCAAGUAUGUUAUGUUUGGAAAGGGUCAAGGUCAGGUCUAUACUAACUUUGGAUAAGGAUCAUGGUGACAUUGGAUUUAACCUUGAGCUUAUCUUUCAAGUUCAUUUGAAUAUCAACUUUCGUUUUUUAAAUUAAAAGUCGCUUUUUUGAUACCAGCAGUCGAAAGGACGAAACGUUCUACGUUUGUAUUUGUAUUAAAAUCUAAGAUGACGGUCACCGUCAAAGUUCAAAUUAACGUCAAAUGUGUUAUGCUACUGAAAAUUCCUUCUACCCUUUAGUGACAGACAUCUUAAUAUUGACCUUAGUUUAGACCUUGAGCCUCACUUUUAAGGUAGUAAUUGUACAUUAAAACGUAACAUUUUCCUUUGCCGGUUCAAAUAAAGGAUUUCUCAGUAAAUAAAGUAUUUUACCUGAAAAACAAAAGUUGACCUUUGAAUAACCUUGAAUGUGUAUUCAAGGUCAAUCCAAGAUCAUCAUUGAGUCCUUGCCAAAGUUAAUUGACUGUGACCUUUUUCGCAAAUACCUUUCCUGGAAAAAUACCCGUUCCGUUACUUUUGUUACACCUGGUAUGUAUACGUACGAAAUGGCCAAAAUAUAGUUUGCAUUCAAAGGUGGGGACCAUGAGACUAGAGAUAGGGGGUUAAACUCAUGGAGUGGGGAGUGGGGUGUCGACGAUGAAGUGAAUUUGUACACUGCGUAGCAAAUGAAUUCCAGGUUCUGCGCAUGAGGCAUCUCUCUUUCUUACUGUCAUCAUGACUGUAAACAACUCCAAUUUUGACAGCUCUUGCGCGUUGCACGCAGGAAUAUUGAAUAAUAUUAGAGCACGAAGAAUAAACCUACAAAGCACGGCAAGAUAAGAGUGAAAGAGUGAAAUACGUUCUGCGCCAUGUUCUACGACCACUAGAUUUCCGAGAGCCACGCCAUCCUUGGCACCAGGAUUGGCUUCAUACGAAUACUCCUAUGCAGUUUAACCUCCUAUUCAUGGUGACGACAAGUGACCGGCGAUUCAGUGAUAACACAAUUUAAUGACAUAUUCAUUUUAUAUCGAUGGAUACCGCCACUUGUCGCUACCUUUGGACGUUGAUAGCAUGUUUGCGAUAUUCAGAUUUGAAUUGAUGUUUUUUCAUUAAAGUAAUUAUUUUGGUAUUGAUUGAUUUUUCUCUUCGAUCGAAACGUAAACAGGAAGUAGUACAAAUUGCUCAUUGUUUAAUUAUCUGAAAAUUAUUAUCUGAGAAUGUUUUUGUUAGUACAUAGGUUGAAAUUCCAUACAUGAUUUUAGAUCUAGGUUAGGCCGAUUGGUGAUAUGGAUAAAUUAGAUUUUUAGAUCCGAUUUAAGGUCAAGCGAGUAUGUUUUUAACGGGAUAUUAUCGCAUAACACUAUAAAUAUUAUGUACAUAUGUUACUUUUUAGUAUACCUGUAGUACGUCAUAAAAUAUUUUAUUGUUGUAUUAGAACGAAUUUUCGUAUUUUUUAACUUUUUCAUAGCACGUAGAAUUAGAAGAUGCUAAAAUAGGUUAUAGUACGAGUAUAGUAUCAUUUCGUAAGAUUGGUCACUGUAAUGUGGACGAAUAAAGACUCAACCCGGUAUCAUAUGAAUUGUUUACUAAGAUAAUGUUAUAUAGUUCGAAAAUUAAUGAUAUGAUUAUAGUCGUCUAUAAAGUCUGCUGCAUACUUUAUGGACCCAUUCUGCAUGUUAAUUUUGUAAAAUAGGGAUGGUAUCUAUAUAUUUAUUAACUUUCGUUUAUAGUACUAGUGAAAUUUAGACUGUAGCAAUUUCCAUGUUUUUGGUUAUGUUAUUCGAAAACACAUUAAAUUGUACGUUUUCUAUGAGUAUACUUAAGGGCAUUUGAAGUCUUGAAGUAAAUAAUGUGCUAAGUACCAAAAUUAUUAUUUUGAGAUAAACAAUAGUUUUUGUUGUUCUUCAAUCAAUGCAUUAAAAAAACUCUAUGAAAAUUAAACAUUGGUUUAAUCAAGUAUUGUUUUGUGUGCUUAAUAUUUUCUGGAACUCUCUGUAAAAAAUAGCAGAAAAAAAUUAUACUCGUAACAGUUACAAAAUCAUAGAUUGUGCUAAGUGCCAUUUCAAAAAAGUGAAUAUUGUGGUAAAUAAUAACGAAAAAAACCUAAAAAUAGCUUCAAACAUUACAAUUCAAUAGAUCUUCAUAAAAUUUUCUAUUUGUUUCCUUCAAAUAAGGAAUCAUUGCCAGCAGAUCUUUCUUCAGAAAUUCUACUUUGGCAGGUCAGGUUUGGAAGAGUCAUUUUUGCGACAGUUGCAGUAGUUCUUUUUUUCUUCAAAAUCCUCGCUGUUUUCCAAUGGUCUAUUUCGUUUAGGGUUUCUUGGAUCCUAACGAAUUGAUUGAACUUUCAGAAGCAACUUUAAAAUCAAAAGGUCCUCACGGUUUAUGAUUGUAACAAGAAUGGUGUUUUUUUCACUGCUGCUAUCAUCGCAAGAGGGUCUUAAAAAAGACUCUGUCAACAGACGCACUAAUGGAGGCCGAUUUCUAUUAAACUCUCCACCACCCAAUAAACCGCAGCCCUGCGUGUGAAACUAUUUCACAAUAUCGGAUAGUGGGCCGCUGAAUUCUUACACGCGUCACCUUCAGCUCUGGUAUUUACGGUCGGCAGAAAUUAUAAAAAAUGACCUUUAACGAGAUGGAGAGUAGAGUAUGAUUUUCUACCACCAAAUUAUUAGACUAAGAGAAGUGGUUUGUUAUAAAAAUGAAAUUCGAUAUUUUUAAGAACUGCUAUAAAAUUAUUAUUCUAAAUAAGAAAAACGUUGCAAUAGGAUAGUUAAUUUUUAGUCGACCAUGAAAAGAAACUGUGACAACGUGAUAAACAAUAACAAGCACUAAGUCAGAAAACAGCGUGGAAACUGCCGCCUGUAGCUCAAAAAACUAUCAAUAAAAUAUAAAGAUAUUUAUUGGCACAUUUUUUACCGGCGGCGUUAUGAGGAUUGACAAGCGCGCGCUCUGUCGGGAUUUUUGAGUACAAUAUAAUAGCCAUGGAAUUUUUGGCAUUUAGCACAUUAUUUACUUCAUGUCUUCACUUGAUUUGGACAAACUACUUUCGAUAUUAUACUUCAUUAGAUUACUGAAAUGUCAUUUUAUCAAAUUAGCUUUAUUAGUUUUACCAGAUUCGCAGAUUCAGUCACAAUUUGUUCUCAAAUGAAUUAUAAUUUUCAGAAGGUGGUUUAGGGAAAUUAUGUUUGUCACGGUUUUGUAAUUUGUACGAAAAUAAUUAGUUUCCAACAACCUUGUAACCAUUGCGCAAUCUUAUCAAUUUUUUGUGUAGUGCUUUUUGACACUGACCUAGUUUUUCCUUAAGACAAUUCAAAAUUGUAGCUAAUAGUUCAAAUUAAUCAAAACAUCACAUACUUUUUUUCGUCAAAUAUUGUCCAAAUAACCGUUCUUCACCACAACGUGACUUUUCGUAAUUUGUAAUCAAGAUUUUUCAACAUUUUGAAUUAAUUCUCUUAACAUGACCCUUUACCACUUUGAACCACACUGAUUUUGUUACACGCAUCUUUCACAUUGUGUUUUGACUUUAAAUUUUUGGUUGGCAUGUUGGGUAGAAGCAUGCUUUUACAGUGUUUAGUGUUCGUUAGAGUUGUUGUUAAUGUAGUAUUGACAAUUUAGUGGUUCCAGGGAUCUAAAAAGGUGAAGGCUCAAGGCAUGGGCGUACACACGCCUGAGGAGAUCAACCAGUUCGGCCAAGAGGAUUUGAGGGUGCUCAAGGACAUGCUUGCCGACAAGCCUUUCUUCUUUGGAGAUGAACCCACCAACUUGGACGUUGUGGUAUUCGCCCACCUAGCUCAAAUCUACUUCAUCGACAAGGAGGUGUCGUACCCUCUGCGCGACUACAUGACUGAGCAUUGUCCCAACUUGGUCGGUUUGGUCAACCGGAUGAAGGAGCGCUGCUUCCCCGAUUGGGACGAGAUCUGCACUACGUUGGACCUCAACUCUCAUCUGCCCAAGCCCGUGGAGGAGACCAAGGAGGAAGGCAAGGGAAAAGAGGAGAAGGAAACCGAGAAGGAGAAAGAGCCCGAGGACAAGGACAUUGAAAAGGAAAAGACGGACGAGAAAGAGAAGGACAAGGCUAAAGAAAAAGAGUCAGAAGAAAACAAAGAAAAAGAAGGAAAGUAAAUCAUCCGACCGUCAUCUUACGUUUCUACGUGAUCUUCUCUGUCUUUUCCUUAUUCAUACUUUUCAUUUCAAACAAUGUGCAACAAUCUAGCUAUAAGGUUCAUCAUACUAACAAUUUUUUAAUUAAAAUACCUAUAUUUAAAAUACUCUUGUCAGUCAAAAACAUAUUUUAGUUAUUUUAUAUAUAUAAAAUAUAGAGGACGAUUUUAUCCAUACAUCUUUUGACUGUUUUUAAUGGGUAGUCACACACCUCUUUCAAACUUUGUAGCCUAAGAGCUAGUAGUCACUUUUUGGAGCAUUUCAGGAGCUUUUGUAUUUCAAAAAGAAACAUCCACCCUCGUGGUUACAGAUACCCAAAAAAGACUGAAAUUUGUACUGUAAUAUUAUAGAUUAUUCUGAUAGUUCAGGUAGAUACUUAUUACUAACUCAAUGUAUCUUCAGUACGGUAGAAGAAGAGCCGUGUAUAUUUGGAAUUAAAAAACGCCAGAUACCAUUGGGUAGAAUAUUUGGUAUGUACAAACAUACAGAAUACAUUAUUCUGUGAUUUUGAUAAAAGCAGCUUGUUCACCUAGCCUACUUAUUAGAAACAGUCUAAACAUUUCUUAGAUAAGGUUACUUGUUUGUAUAAAUAUUUCUUAGCUAGUUUUUUAUUGUAAGCGUUCACUGUAUGUAUGACCAACUCAGAAGGGCAGAAACGUUUAAUUCUCCGUUUGACGCCCUUUAGAGUUAAUCCAUGUUAGUGCAGUCUUAAUGUACGAGAAACACAUAUACACUAUACAACCUUUAGUAGUACUAUUCAUUGUAUUCAUUCCAUACUGUGCAUCACAAAAUUGAAUGCUUAAAAGGCUGUAAUAGCCACUGUAGAUUUUUGUAUUUUUUUAAAUGGAUGAUUAAUUUUAAGGUAUCAUAUGCGUCUUUAGACCACUCUCAAAACCUUGGACUCUUUCUCGACAACGUAUGUGUAUCAAGCUCAGUAGAUAACGUUAUAAUUUUAUUUUAGAUUUUAUUGUAUUAAUUGAAAACUGUGUUGUACGUUAUGAUUUAAAUAAAUAAAUUGGUAUUUUAAGUUAUUUCUUAUUUCUGUGUAUCUCAUUUAGUAUUCCCAAUAAAACGGUUUGAAAAAGG